AUGAUAUCUUUAAAAACAAAGGAAAAAAAAUUAAAAGAAGUUGCCGCUAAUUCUGUUCUAAAAAUAUCAAAAAUUUGUAAUGAGAAUGAGCAAACUCAUUUAUUAGCUGUUAUUUUAAAUUUAAUUGGAGAUGAGGAUUUUCAAGCAUUGGCAAUUGAAAUUCUUGGCAAGCUUUGUGAUGGCCUUGAUAUUUCUGCAUGUGAAACUUUUAUUUUACCUGAAGUUUUAAGAUUGUGUAGAGAUUCUCACUUAAAUGUAAAGAAAAAAGCAAUAAAAACACUUGGGAUUUUAGCAGGCUCUGUGUCGCUAAAUGCUUUUAUUAGCGAUAUAUAUCCGCUUUAUUUAUAUUUAUGCACAAACGAAAAUUGAAGCGUUAGAAAAAUAUGUGCUUCUAUUUUAGGAGAAAUAGCUUCAAAAGCAAAUUUUAAAGCACAAAAGACUACUUUAUUAGAAACUUAUUACCUUUUAUUAUGAGAUAGCGUUUUGAUGGUAAAGCAAGCUGCGAGAUCUCAAAUUGGAAGAUUUCUAUAUGAAACAAGAAGCAAUGAUGCGCUUAUUUUGAAAGAAUUAAUAAAUUUAAUUUCUGACCAAAAUGAGUCAUCUAUUGAAACCAUGAAAUUUUUACCAAGUAUCUUUAGAAAUAAUAAAGUAAAAGAAGAGUGAAUGAUAGAUAGAAUCAUACAAAUUUCAAAUAGCUCGAAUUCUAUAGUAAGAGGCUCACUAGUAGGGAUUUUAAAAUAUUUUUCAAGAAAUUGUUCACAUGAAAGCUUAAAAGAGAUAAUUCCAAUAUUCAAAGAUUUAUUAAGAGAUGUCGAUCUCGUCAAAAUAAAAGCCAUUAAAAUCCUACCUGAUUUUUUGCAGCAUCUUGAUUUAAAAGAUAGAAUUGAAUUUUUAUCAAUUUUAAGAAGAAUUCAAAUGAACCAGGUAGGGAUAAGGAUAAAAAAAUCGCUUGGUAAAAUAUUGAAAGAUGCAGCAAAACUAUUUCCGAAUAAUAUUACUAUUGAAAAAAUUUGGCCUAUAAUUACUGCUCUAUUAAAUGAUAAAAAUACAAUAGUAAGACAAGUAUCAUCAUUUUCUAUUGGUGCUAUUUCUGAAUUAUUAUGAAAUUCAUCACAAAAUUUUGAUGAGGAAAUUCAAAAAUUCUUCAGAAAUUCAGCUGGAAGUGAAAGCUAUCAAUUUAGAUUGAAUUUUGUAUGAAGCUUAAGGAAGAUAAAAAACAUUUCUUGCUUUGGCGAAUGGCUUUUAAAUAUAUUUUAUAAGCUUUGUGAGGAUUCUAUUAUUAGCAUAAGAAUUGCUUGUGCACAGCAUGUGAAGAUAAUGCUUGGUAGAAAUAAUUUAUAUAUAUGAAAAAGAGCAGCUUUUAUUUUAAAUUCAGAUCCUGAAUGAGAUGUUAUUUAUUUUCUAAAAGAAAAUUCCCAAAUCCAAAAGAAAAAGAAAUUCGAGUACUCCAUAAUUCCUCCAAAAAGACUCCCAAAAUUAAACACAGAUCCUGACUGAGAGCUUGUUUAUGCUUCUAAUACAGAUUCUUCAUCAAUAAAUAUUAUAAGUAUCUAA